AUGCACCGUGGCGUUACGCUCCUCCACUCGAGGUAUAACGUCGCCGUUGUCGGCGGCGGUCUUGCCGGUUGCCUCAUUGCUGGCCGCCUCGGCAUGGAGAACGUCAGUACCGUCGUACUUGAGGAGGGCGCCGACAUUCGCGAGAAGCCGCGCUGGCACCGCGACAUUCCGUGCAGCCUCCUUGCCCACCGCCACGCCCGCCGAAACUACGAGAGCGCCAAGAAUGUUACGGCGCCGCAAAAGACACAUCGCGACGGCGCUGCGCCGGUGCCGGUGAUGAUCCCCACGCCGUGCGUGCUUGGUGGCGGCGGCGUGAUGGGCGGCCGCUCGUGGAACCUCGGCGACCAGGAAGACUGGACCGCUUCCGCGUGGAGCUUCCGCGACGAGCUGCUGCCGCGCGUGCAGAAGCUGGAGAACUUGGAGUUCUCGGCGCCGCACCGCGGACGACGCGGCAAGUUCUUCAUCUCCCGCUCGCAGGCACUCUCGCCGUUCUUCAAGACAUUCUGCGAGGCCAUGUCGAAGGACACCGCACUGACCAGUGAGUUCAACAAGAAGGAGUACCGCGUGCGGACGGGGUGUGGCAGAGCGGAGGCUUUCAUCGAUCAGCGGUCUGGCAAGGCGAACACGACUCUGCAGAGUUAUCUGUUGGAGACCAUCGCUCUCAAGCGGCCUUUGCAUGUGACCUGCAAUGCGCACGUAUUCGGCAUCAGCGCCGUGGAGGGUGACAAGACAACCGCUGCCGGUGUCUCGUACACCACUGCGGACGGCCGCACAGAACACAUAGAGGCGGAUGCCGUCAUCCUGUGCGCCGGUGGCAUUGGAACGCCGCGACUGCUCGCCUCCUCGCAGGGAACACUCUCCAUCGACCCGGCAGUUGGCAGCAACUUCUGGGACACGCCACAGGUCAAGAUGCAAUUCCGCACCCGCAUGCCCCUCAGCCACAACUGCUUCAUGGACCCGUUGGUGCAAUUGUGGCUUGGGCUGAACGUCAGGUACGGCAAGCCUCCCCUCGCGUUGUGCUCCGCCUACGACGACAUGAUUUGCUACUGGUCUAGCACCGGUCAGGAGUACCCCGAUGUCAAGUUUAUCUUCCAGCCAUUUACGAUGAACAACGACGGUUCGAGGCCGGAUGGUGUGGCACACGGUGUGCAAAUCAUUGCCCAGCUGGUGCGUCCGAAAAGCCGUGGCUGCAUCAAGGCUGACGGGACAAUUGACCCGCAGUACUUGGCCCACCCUGAUGACGAGCAGGCUCUCCGCAAGGCUGUGGCACGUGUGACGGAGCUAAGCAAGAUGCAACCCUUCUCGAAUGUCUUUGUUGAGAUGGUUGGCGAACACUUUGAGUCGGCGGGAAUCUACGGUGGGGCUACGUCACCCGUGCUAGAUCCCGCCACAUUCUUGGUGAAGAACACCAGCAAUGUGUACGCAUGCGAUGAGAGCAUUCUCCCCUCCCCUCUGCUGGGCGACUCGCUGCCGUACAUGCUGGCCUUGGCGGAGAAGUGCGCCGACGAGUUCCUGCAUAAGCCUGACCUUCACCACAAGAGGGAGGCUGCUGCUGCGGGGGAGCAAUCCAAGGCACGGAUCAUUUACUAA